CGACCUUGCCUCCCACCAUGUCCUCGCUGCACCCCAACAACGUCGACAAGCCCGUCGAGACCAUCCACCCCGACAACCUCCCGCACGCCAACAAGGACACCCUCGCCCAGGCCCUCUCCACCAUCGUCGAGCACUCCAGCAAACACACAGAUGUCACCCAGAGCAUCCAUGGCCCCAUGCACCUCAUUCCCAGCAUCCCCUGGGUGCACAAGCUCAUCCCGGGCAUCGAAGACCUCGCCAACAAGUACCACGUCGGGAAUUUCGUCGUCAUCAGGGGCACAGACGAGCGGAUCUUUGAGAGCAUGCCCAUCUACGCGCGCAUCGGCAUGCAUCUGCUGUUCUACGGCCGCGAGCAGGUCAAGCUGCUCGAGGGGAACAAGCGCAUCGACGAGCUUCUCCGCGACGAGUCGAUCAAGCAAGGAAAGAUCUACGACAGCCCCGAAUCCGUCAAGUCGAUCCCGUCCUUCAUCUCCACGUACAACAUCCAGCUCGACGAGCUGCUCCACCCCGAUCUGAGUUUCUACAAGUGCUUCAACGAGUUCUUCUACAGGAAACUCAAGCCCGAUGCGCGCCCUGUCCAGAACGCGGACAACCCCGACGCAUUCUGCAGCCCCGCCGACUGCCGACUGAUCGUCUUCAGCAGCGUCGCCCUCGCCCAGAAGUUCUGGAUCAAAGGCGACGAGUUCAGCAUCCCGAAGCUGCUGGGCGUCGCGCCCGACUCGGCGCGCGCGCGGCUGUACGCGGGGUGCAGCAUGGCCAUAUGCCGCCUCGCGCCGCAGGACUACCACCGCUUCCACAGCCCGCUCGACGGCGCCGUCACGCGCGCGCCCACCGACAUCCCCGGGCAGUACUACACCGUGAACCCGCAGGCGGUGAACGAGCCCGCGUUCGACGUGUUCACGGCGAACAAGCGCUCCGUCGCGUACGUCGCGCACGCGCGCGCGCGCGGCGAGGUCGCGGUCGUCGCGGUCGGCGCGCUGCUCGUCGGGGGCAUCGGCUGGACGGGGGGCGGGGCGGUGCGGCGGGGCGACGAGCUCGGGUACUUUGCGUACGGCGGGAGCACGGUCGUUGUUCUGUUCCCGAAGGGCGUGAUUGAGUUCGACAAGGACCUGGUGGAGAAUUCGCUGAAGCCUGUCGAGACGCUUGUCAAGGUGGGGUACUCGCUCGGCUCGGCGCCCGCGCAGUGAGUGAGGGAAGAGGAGCAGACCGAAGUCGAGGCGAAGGCGGGGCGGUGGUUGUGUGGACUGAUUUAGUGAUGUCAUGUCAUGUCAUUUUGAUGUACGGCUGGGUGGGCGUGCUGAUUGGGGGUGGCUCGCCCGGCGUUGUGGGCGCGCGAUGGAACUAGUUGGCGGCA